AUGACUAAUAGCGAAUCUGCUGCUAGCGAGUCCGCUCCUAGCGAGUCCGCUGCGAGCGAGGCGGCCGUUCGGCUGGUGUCGGCAGCAGCGCUGGUGGCGGCGGGAGUGCAAGACGCGGAGGAGGACUCGUGUAGCAUUUGCCUCGACGCAUUCACCGAAUCCGACCCCGCCACCCUCACGGUCUGCAACCACGAGUACCACUUCCAGUGCGUCCUUGAAUGGGCCCAGCGUCGGGAGGAGUGUCCCAUGUGCUGGCGCAAGCUGGCACUGCAAGAUGAAACCUGCAAGGGGAGUGGCAGCAAGGGGAGUGGCAGCAAGGGGAGUGGCAGCAAGGGGAGUGGCAGCAAGGGGAGUGGCAGCAAGGGGAGUGGCAGCAAGGGGAGUGGCAGCAAGGGGAGUGGCAGCAAGGGGAGUGGCAGCAAGGGGAGUGGCAGCAAGGAGUGGCAGCAAGGGGAGUGGCAGCAAGGGGAGUGGCAGCAAGGGGAGUGGCAGCAAGGGGAGUGGCAGCAAGGGGAGUGGCAGCAAGGGGAGUGGCAGCAAGGGGAGUGGCUACGAGUUGCAUGGACUAUUGACCAGCAAGUGCCUGCCUCUGUUCCUCCACACCCCUCUUCCUCUCCCACCCACCCCGCCUCCCUCCUCUCAUUCCUCCUCUUCUCCCAACCAUCCAUGCUCACUCUUCGUCCCUUUCUACCCCUCCACUAUCAACCCCUCCCCAUCCCCACUUUCCUCCACCCUGUCACCCGUCCUCCCUCCCUCUUCCCUUUCUACUCCGCAGGCACUUCAGGCUCGAAUGUAGACCUCUCGUUGUCCUCCUCCUUCUCCUUCCGUCCUCCUACACUCAUGCUGACGCUCCCUUCUCACUCUUCUUCUCUCCCUGGCCCCCCUCCCCCUCUCGCCUUCCCCCUGCAGUCCACAGUCACAUUGGGCUCGCCUGUCGAUCCCUGGAUGCCCUCCUCCCUCCUCUCCUCCCUCUCCUCCCUCUCCUCCCUCCUCUCCUCCCUCUCCUCCCUCUCCUACCUCGUCUCCUCCCUCCUCUCCUCCCUCUCCUCCCUCUCCUCCCUCUCCUACCUCGUCUCCUCCCUCCUCUCCUCGCUCUCCUCCCUCUCCUCCCUCUCCUACCUCGUCUCCUCCCUCCUCUCCUCCCUCUCCUCCCUCUCCUCCCUCUCCUACCUCGUCUCCUCCCUCCUCCCCUCCCUCUCCUCCCUCUCCUCCCUCUCCUCCCUCUCCUACCUCGUCUCCUCCCUCCUCUCCUCCCUCUCCUCCCUCUCCUCCCUCUCCUACCUCGUCUCCUCCCUCCUCUCCUCCCUCUCCUCCCUCUCCUCCCUCUCCUACCUCGUCUCCUCCCUCCUCUCCUCCCUCUCCUCCCUCUCCUCCCUCUCCUCCCUCUCCUCCCUCUCCUACCUCGUCUCCUCCCUCCUCUCCUCCCUCUCCUCCCUCUCCUCCCUCUCCUACCUCGUCUCCUCCCUCCUCUCCUCCCUCUCCUCCCUCUCCUCCCUCUCCUACCUCGUCUCCUCCCUCCUCUCCUCCCUCUCCUCCCUCUCCUCCCUCUCCUACCUCGUCUCCUCCCUCCUCUCCUCCCUCCUCUCCUCCCUCUCCUCCCUCUCCUCCCUCUCCUACCUCGUCUCCUCCCUCCUCUCCUCCCUCUCCUCCCUCGUCUCCUCCCUCUCCUCCCUCGUCUCCUCCCUCGUCUCCUCCCUCCUCUCCUCCCUCUCCUCCCUCUCCUCCCUCUCCUACCUCGUCUCCUCCCUCCUCUCCUCCCUCUCCUCCCUCUCCUCCCUCUCCUCCCUCUCCUACCUCGUCUCCUCCCUCCUCUCCUCCCUCUCCUCCCUCUCCUCCCUCUCCUCCCUCUCCUACCUCGUCUCCUCCCUCCUCUCCUCCCUCUCCUCCCUCUCCUCCCUCUCCUACCUCGUCUCCUCCCUCCUCUCCUCCCUCUCCUCCCUCUCCUCCCUCUCCUACCUCGUCUCCUCCCUCCUCUCCUCCCUCUCCUCCCUCUCCUCCCUCUCCUCCCUCUCCUCCCUCUCCUACCUCGUCUCCUCCCUCCUCUCCUCCCUCUCCUCCCUCUCCUCCCUCUCCUACCUCGUCUCCUCCCUCCUCUCCUCCCUCUCCUCCCUCUCCUCCCUCUCCUACCUCGUCUCCUCCCUCCUCUCCUCCCUCUCCUCCCUCUCCUCCCUCUCCUACCUCGUCUCCUCCCUCCUCUCCUCCCUCCUCUCCUCCCUCUCCUCCCUCUCCUCCCUCUCCUACCUCGUCUCCUCCCUCCUCUCCUCCCUCUCCUCCCUCUCCUCCCUCUCCUCCCUCUCCUCCCUCUCCUACCUCGUCUCCUCCCUCCUCUCCUCCCUCUCCUCCCUCUCCUCCCUCUCCUACCUCGUCUCCUCCCUCCUCUCCUCCCUCUCCUCCCUCUCCUCCCUCUCCUACCUCGUCUCCUCCCUCCUCUCCUCCCUCUCCUCCCUCUCCUCCCUCUCCUACCUCGUCUCCUCCCUCCUCUCCUCCCUCCUCUCCUCCCUCUCCUCCCUCUCCUCCCUCUCCUACCUCGUCUCCUCCCUCCUCUCCUCCCUCUCCUCCCUCGUCUCCUCCCUCCUCUCCUCCCUCUCCUCCCUCGUCUCCUCCCUCGUCUCCUCCCUCCUCUCCUCCCUCUCCUCCCUCUCCUCCCUCUCCUACCUCGUCUCCUCCCUCCUCUCCUCCCUCUCCUCCCUCUCCUCCCUCUCCUCCCUCUCCUACCUCGUCUCCUCCCUCCUCUCCUCCCUCUCCUCCCUCUCCUCCCUCUCCUCCCUCUCCUACCUCGUCUCCUCCCUCCUCUCCUCCCUCUCCUCCCUCUCCUCCCUCUCCUACCUCGUCUCCUCCCUCCUCUCCUCCCUCUCCUCCCUCUCCUCCCUCUCCUACCUCGUCUCCUCCCUCCUCUCCUCCCUCUCCUCCCUCUCCUCCCUCUCCUCCCUCUCCUCCCUCUCCUACCUCGUCUCCUCCCUCCUCUCCUCCCUCUCCUCCCUCUCCUCCCUCUCCUACCUCGUCUCCUCCCUCCUCUCCUCCCUCUCCUCCCUCUCCUCCCUCUCCUACCUCGUCUCCUCCCUCCUCUCCUCCCUCUCCUCCCUCUCCUCCCUCUCCUACCUCGUCUCCUCCCUCCUCUCCUCCCUCCUCUCCUCCCUCUCCUCCCUCUCCUCCCUCUCCUACCUCGUCUCCUCCCUCCUCUCCUCCCUCUCCUCCCUCGUCUCCUCCCUCCUCUCCUCCCUCUCCUCCCUCGUCUCCUCCCUCGUCUCCUCCCUCCUCUCCUCCCUCUCCUCCCUCUCCUCCCUCUCCUACCUCGUCUCCUCCCUCCUCUCCUCCCUCUCCUCCCUCUCCUCCCUCUCCUCCCUCUCCUACCUCGUCUCCUCCCUACUCUCCUCCCUCUCCUCCCUCUCCUCCCUCUCCUACCUCGUCUCCUCCCUCCUCUCCUCCCUCUCCUCCCUCUCCUCCCUCUCCUACCUCGUCUCCUCCCUCCUCUCCUCCCUCUCCUCCCUCUCCUCCCUCUCCUCCCUCUCCUACCUCGUCUCCUCCCUCCUCUCCUCCCUCUCCUCCCUCUCCUCCCUCUCCUACCUCGUCUCCUCCCUCCUCUCCUCCCUCUCCUCCCUCGUCUCCUCCCUCCUCUCCUCCCUCUCCUCCCUCGUCUCCUCCCUCGUCUCCUCCCUCCUCUCCUCCCUCUCCUCCCUCUCCUCCCUCUCCUACCUCGUCUCCUCCCUCCUCUCCUCCCUCUCCUACCUCGUCUCCUCCCUCCUCUCCUCCCUCUCCUCCCUCUCCUCCCUCUCCUCCCUCUCCUACCUCGUCUCCUCCCUCCUCUCCUCCCUCUCCUCCCUCUCCUCCCUCUCCUACCUCGUCUCCUCCCUCCUCUCCUCCCUCUCCUCCCUCGUCUCCUCCCUCCUCUCCUCCCUCUCCUCCCUCGUCUCCUCCCUCGUCUCCUCCCUCCUCUCCUCCCUCUCCUCCCUCUCCUCCCUCUCCUACCUCGUCUCCUCCCCCCUCUCCUCCCUCUCCUCCCUCUCCUCCCUCUCCUCCCUCUCCUACCUCGUCUCCUCCCUCCUCUCCUCCCUCUCCUCCCUCUCCUCCCUCUCCUACCUCGUCUCCUCCCUCCUCUCCUCCCUCUCCUCCCUCUCCUCCCUCUCCUCCCUCUCCUACCUCGUCUCCUCCCUCCUCUCCUCCCUCUCCUCCCUCGUCUCCUCCCUCCUCUCCUCCCUCUCCUCCCUCGUCUCCUCCCUCGUCUCCUCCCUCCUCUCCUCCCUCUCCUCCCUCUCCUCCUCUCCUCCCUCUCCUCCCUCGUCUCCUCCCUCCUCUCCUCCCUCUCCUCCCUCUCCUCCCUCUCCUCCCUCUCCUACCUCGUCUCCUCCCUCCUCUCCUCCCUCCUCUCCUCCCUCUCCUCCCUCUCCUACCUCGUCUCCUCCCUCCUCUCCUCCCUCUCCUCCCUCUCCUCCCUCUCCUCCCUCUCCUACCUCGUCUCCUCCCUCCUCUCCUCCCUCUCCUCCCUCUCCUCCCUCUCCUACCUCGUCUCCUCCCUCCUCUCCUCCCUCUCCUCCCUCUCCUCCCUCUCCUCCCUCUCCUACCUCGUCUCCUCCCUCCUCUCCUCCCUCUCCUCCCUCUCCUCCCUCUCCUACCUCGUCUCCUCCCUCCUCUCCUCCCUCUCCUCCCUCGUCUCCUCCCUCCUCUCCUCCCUCUCCUCCCUCGUCUCCUCCCUCGUCUCCUCCCUCCUCUCCUCCCUCUCCUCCCUCUCCUACCUCGUCUCCUCCCUCCUCUCCUCCCUCUCCUCCCUCUCCUCCCUCUCCUCCCUCUCCUACCUCGUCUCCUCCCUCCUCUCCUCCCUCUCCUCCCUCUCCUCCCUCUCCUACCUCGUCUCCUCCCUCCUCUCCUCCCUCUCCUCCCUCUCCUCCCUCUCCUCCCUCGUCUCCUCCCUCCUCUCCUCCCUCUCCUCCCUCUCCUCCCUCUCCUCCCUCUCCUACCUCGUCUCCUCUUUCCUCUCCUCCCUCUCCUCCCUCUCCUCCCUCUCCUACCUCGUCUCCUCCCUCCUCUCCUCCCUCUCCUCCCUCGUCUCCUCCCUCCUCUCCUCCCUCUCCUCCCUCGUCUCCUCCCUCGUCUCCUCCCUCCUCUCCUCCCUCUCCUCCCUCUCCUCCCUCUCCUACCUCGUCUCCUCCCUCCUCUCCUCCCUCUCCUCCCUCUCCUCCCUCUCCUCCCUCUCCUACCUCGUCUCCUCCCUCCUCUCCUCCCUCUCCUCCCUCUCCUCCCUCUCCUACCUCGUCUCCUCCCUCCUCUCCUCCCUCUCCUCCCUCGUCUCCUCCCUCCUCUCCUCCCUCUCCUCCCUCGUCUCCUCCCUCGUCUCCUCCCUCCUCUCCUCCCUCUCCUCCCUCUCCUCCCUCUUCUCCCUCGUCUCCUCCCUCCUCUCCUCCCUCUCCUCCCUCUCCUCCCUCUCCUCCCUCUCCUACCUCGUCUCCUCCCUCCUCUCCUCCCUCUCCUCCUCUCCUCCCUCUCCUACCUCGUCUCCUCCCUCCUCUCCUCCCUCUCCUCCCUCUCCUCCCUCUCCUCCCUCUCCUACCUCGUCUCCUCCCUCCUCUCCUCCCUCUCCUCCCUCUCCUCCCUCUCCUACCUCGUCUCCUCCCUCCUCUCCUCCCUCUCCUCCCUCUCCUCCCUCUCCUCCCUCGUCUCCUCCCUCCUCUCCUCCCUCUCCUCCCUCUCCUCCCUCUCCUCCCUCUCCUACCUCGUCUCCUCCCUCCUCUCCUCCCUCUCCUCCCUCUCCUCCCUCUCCUACCUCGUCUCCUCCCUCCUCUCCUCCCUCUCCUCCCUCGUCUCCUCCCUCCUCUCCUCCCUCUCCUCCCUCGUCUCCUCCCUCGUCUCCUCCCUCCUCUCCUCCCUCUCCUCCCUCUCCUCCCUCUCCUACCUCGUCUCCUCCCUCCUCUCCUCCCUCUCCUCCCUCUCCUCCCUCUCCUCCCUCUCCUACCUCGUCUCCUCCCUCCUCUCCUCCCUCUCCUCCCUCUCCUCCCUCUCCUACCUCGUCUCCUCCCUCCUCUCCUCCCUCUCCUCCCUCGUCUCCUCCCUCCUCUCCUCCCUCUCCUCCCUCGUCUCCUCCCUCGUCUCCUCCCUCCUCUCCUCCCUCUCCUCCCUCUCCUCCCUCUUCUCCCUCGUCUCCUCCCUCCUCUCCUCCCUCUCCUCCCUCUCCUCCCUCUCCUCCCUCUCCUACCUCGUCUCCUCCCUCCUCUCCUCCCUCUCCUCCCUCUCCUCCCUCUCCUACCUCGUCUCCUCCCUCCUCUCCUCCCUCUCCUCCCUCGUCUCCUCCCUCCUCUCCUCCCUCUCCUCCCUCGUCUCACCCUCGUCUCCUCCCUCCUCUCCUCCCUCUCCUCCCUCUCCUCCCUCUCCUACCUCGUCUCCUCCCUCCUCUCCUCCCUCUCCUCCCUCUCCUCCCUCUCCUCCCUCUCCUCCCUCUCCUACCUCGUCUCCUCCCUCCUCUCCUCCCUCUCCUCCCUCUCCUCCCUCUCCUACCUCGUCUCCUCCCUCCUCUCCUCCCUCUCCUCCCUCGUCUCCUCCCUCCUCUCCUCCCUCUCCUCCCUCGUCUCCUCCCUCGUCUCCUCCCUCCUCUCCUCCCUCUCCUCCCUCUCCUCCCUCUCCUCCCUCGUCUCCUCCCUCCUCUCCUCCCUCUCCUCCCUCUCCUCCCUCUCCUCCCUCUCCUACCUCGUCUCCUCCCUCCUCUCCUCCCUCUCCUCCCUCUCCUCCCUCUCCUACCUCGUCUCCUCCCUCCUCUCCUCCCUCUCCUCCCUCGUCUCCUCCCUCCUCUCCUCCCUCUCCUCCCUCGUCUCCUCCCUCGUCUCCUCCCUCCUCUCCUCCCUCUCCUCCCUCUCCUCCCUCUCCUACCUCGUCUCCUCCCUCCUCUCCUCCCUCUCCUCCCUCUCCUCCCUCUCCUCCCUCUCCUACCUCGUCUCCUCCCUCCUCUCCUCCCUCUCCUCCCUCUCCUCCCUCUCCUACCUCGUCUCCUCCCUCCUCUCCUCCCUCUCCUCCCUCGUCUCCUCCCUCCUCUCCUCCCUCUCCUCCCUCGUCUCCUCCCUCCUCUCCUCCCUCUCCUCCCUCGUCUCCUCCCUCGUCUCCUCCCUCCUCUCCUCCCUCUCCUCCCUCUCCUCCCUCUCCUACCUCGUCUCCUCCCUCCUCUCCUCCCUCUCCUCCCUCUCCUCCCUCUCCUCCCUCUCCUACCUCGUCUCCUCCCUCCUCUCCUCCCUCUCCUCCCUCUCCUCCCUCUCCUACCUCGUCUCCUCCCUUCUCUCCUCCCUCUCCUCCCUCUCCUCCCUCUCCUACCUCGUCUCCUCCCUCCUCUCCUCCCUCUCCUCCCUCUCCUCCCUCUCCUCCCUCUCCUACCUCGUCUCCUCCCUCCUCUCCUCCCUCUCCUCCCUCUCCUCCCUCUCCUACCUCGUCUCCUCCCUCCUCUCCUCCCUCUCCUCCCUCUCCUCCCUCUCCUCCCUCUCCUCCCUCUCCUCCCUCUCCUACCUCGUCUCCUCCCUCCUCUCCUCCCUCUCCUCCCUCUCCUCCCUCUCCUACCUCGUCUCCUCCCUCCUCUCCUCCCUCUCCUCCCUCGUCUCCUCCCUCCUCUCCUCCCUCUCCUCCCUCGUCUCCUCCCUCGUCUCCUCCCUCCUCUCCUCCCUCUCCUCCCUCUCCUCCCUCUCCUCCCUCGUCUCCUCCCUCCUCUCCUCCCUCUCCUCCCUCUCCUCCCUCUCCUCCCUCUCCUACCUCGUCUCCUCCCUCCUCUCCUCCCUCUCCUCCCUCUCCUCCCUCUCCUACCUCGUCUCCUCCCUCCUCUCCUCCCUCUCCUCCCUCGUCUCCUCCCUCCUCUCCUCCCUCUCCUCCCUCGUUCCUCUUGCACCCCUCAUACUCUCCGCCCCUCAUACUCUCCACUUCUCCCCCCUUACCUCCCUUUCCUCCCCUUCCCUCCCAUCCUCCCUUCUCUCCUCCCUCCGCCUUCCACCCAUAUUCACUCUCCCUGUCCCCGCGCCUUCUCCCCUUUCCUCCCGCUUUUCCCCCCUUCCUACCCCCUUCCGCCCCCAACCCUUUAACCCCUUCCAGGCCACAGUCACAUCGGGCUCGCCUGUGGAUCGCUGGCUGCCCUCCUCCCUCCUCUCCUCCCUCCGCCAUGCCACCUCCUCCUCUUCCUCUUCCUCUCGUGGUCUCUCCGGCUCCUCCCCCCGCUCCUUCGCUCUCUCCUUCAGCCCUCACAGACACCGCUCCUCGCGCUCCGCCUCCCCUUCCUCCUCCUCAACUACCCCCGCCACCACCACUACCAACAUCACCACCUCUUCUUCCUCCUCCUCCUCCUCCUCUGCCUCUCUUUCAGCAGCACUUGCCGCUUCUUCCUCUUCCCCUUCCGCCUCUAGGCUUCAGCCUGUCAGCAGGUGCUCUCCCUUUGGAUACCCCUCUAGGCGCUACUCCUUGUCUAGCCUCGGAUCAACUUCCCGAGCCUCCUCCUCUAGGUUCGGCAAUGAAGGGCAGGAAGGGCUGAAGCUGGUGCUGGCAGGUUUUGAGGAGCAGGGAUUGGCUGGGGUGAGGUUUCAGGGGGUGGGGAGUGGUGGUGCGAUUGUGACAGGAGUGGGUGGUCAGAGCCUCUAUGGACGAGCGCCUUCCGCCUUUCCCUCGGGGCUGCCAGCCCCAUGCCCUCCUCUCCUCCCUCAAAUCCCGCCUCACUUCUCGGUACGUCUCUCACGCCGCCUCUCUAAUUCACAUGCCCCCGAACUCCAUACCACCUACUUCCCUCUCCCAGCCCCACUCCAUCCUCUCCUCCCUCAGAUCCUGCCUCACUUCUCGGUAUUUCUCUCACGCCGUCUCUUUACUUGCUCCCCACCUCCAUACCACCUAUUUCCCCCCCCCCCCCGCCAUCUUCUCACGCCACCUAAAUCUCGCCUCACCUCUCGGUACACCUCCUUCCUUCCCUCCUCCCUCCCACUCCGAUUCUUUCCUCCCUCCUUUCCACCCCAUCCUCUCCACCUCCCUCCUCGUCCCACCAUGUCUCUUUCCUCUCCAUUCCCUUCUCACCGAUUGCUUAAUCACCCACUUCGCUCUGCUCUGCAACCAACCAACCAACCAACCAACCGCUUCGCAUAA